AUGAGUGUGCCCGUGUACCUGCGCUUGGCCCUUCGGCCUUGCCAGGCUGUUUCGACCACCUAUCCUGGGAGAUCGCUGCUUUGCCUUCAGCAGCCAGGCAUGUCGAUAGUGGUGUCAUCAACCCGAAUUCCUUCGCAUGCGCUCGGAUACAAUUACUCCGCCUCGCUGCUCAUCGGAGCCUUACAAAAGACCUCCCGAAGAUACGCGAGUAGUGCUCCCGAGCCCCCCGCUAUCCCAAUUACUCCUUACUCCUCGUUGACCGUGGGCGUUCCGCGUGAAAUCUUCCCGAACGAACGACGCGUUGCCAUCAGCCCACAGAAUGCUGCUCUCUUGCUCAAGAAAGGCUUCUCGCGUGUUCUGGUCGAGCGCGGGGCCGGUGAGAAUGCUGAAUUCCUAGAUAAAGCCUACGAGGAAGCUGGUGCGGUAAUGGUGGACCGGAAUACCAUUUGGUCUCAGAGUCAGAUCGUGCUGAAGGUCCGUGGCCCUCAACUCCAGGGUCCCAACAAUGAAGUUCGGGACCUGCGCCAAGGAAGUACGAUCGUCUCGUUUCUGUACCCAGCACAAAACAAGCCACUGGUGGAAGAACUUGCCGCACGUGGUGUGACCUCUUUCGCUAUGGAUAUGAUACCCCGGAUCUCUCGCGCGCAGGUAUUCGAUGCGCUGAGCUCUAUGGCCAACAUCGCCGGGUACAAAGCGGUUCUAGAAGCUUCAAAUCACUUUGGUCGGUUUCUGACCGGGCAGGCCACUGCUGCUGGAAAGAUACCCCCUGGCAAAGUGCUGGUCAUCGGUGCUGGCGUGGCUGGCCUGAGUGCAAUUGCCUCGGCUCGGAGACUGGGCGCUAUUGUUCGUGGUUUCGACACUCGGCCCGCCGUUCGUGAACAAGUCCAGUCUCUUGGGGCCGAGUUCAUUGAAGUCGACAUACAGGAGGACGGCUCUGGUCAAGGAGGCUACGCUAAAGAGAUGUCCAAGGAGUUCAUUGAGGCGGAGAUGAAACUUUUCAUGGAACAGUGCCGAGAGGUGGACAUCAUAGUCACUACAGCUCUCAUUCCUGGAAAGCCUGCACCUAAGCUGAUUACCAAGGAGAUGGUCGCGGCAAUGAAACCUGGCUCGGUAAUCGUGGACCUUGCCGCAGAGGCCGGCGGCAACUGUGAAGCGACGGUUCCCGGACAAUUGACCAAAUACAAGGAUGUUACUAUCAUCGGUUUUACGUAUGAACUAACUAGAUCAGGAUAUACUGAUCUGCCGUCACGCUUGCCAACGCAGUCAUCGACCUUGUACUCCAACAACAUUACCAAGUUCCUUCUCUCAAUGGCCCCUCAAGAGAAAUCCUUCGGUAUAGACCUAUCAGAUGAGGUUGUUCGGGGUUCAAUCGUUACCAUGGACGGAAAGAUUUUGCCGCCAGCGCCACGACCAGCACCACCCCCUGUUCCAAAGCUCGAAGCAGCUCUGCCUACAAAGGAGCAAGCAGAAUUGGCAGUAACACCUUGGCAGAAGGUGACCCGUCAAGUUGCUGCUACCACCGCUGGUAUGGGAACAGCUCUUGCACUAGGGAAGGCCACCGGACCUGUAUUUAUGGGGAACCUGAUGACUUUUGGCCUUGCUGGACUCGUUGGCUAUCGUGCUGUAUGGGGCGUGGCACCAGCUCUCCAUUCCCCAUUGAUGAGUGUCACCAAUGCGAUUUCUGGUAUGGUUGGAAUUGGAGGAUUCUUCAUAAUGGGCGGAGGGUAUGUGCCCAGCACGAUCCCAGAAGCACUAGGAGCUGCUUCGGUCUUAAUGGCCUUCAUGAAUAUCUCUGGGGGCUUUGUGAUCACCAAGCGCAUGUUGGACAUGUUUAAACGGCCUACCGAUCCACCGGAAUACCCUUGGCUCUAUGCUAUUCCGGGUGUCUUAUUUGGUGGAGGCUUUGUUGCUGCUGCCAGUACCGGGAUGGCUGGACUGGUUCAAGCUGGGUACCUCGUCAGCAGUCUUCUCUGCAUUGCUUCUAUCUCUGGACUUGCUUCUCAGCAAACUGCCAGACGCGGGAACAUUCUUGGUAUUCUAGGGGUUGGCGCCGGAAUCCUUGCUUCUCUUGCCGCUGUUGGCUUCUCUUCCGAGGUCUUGACGCAAUUCGGCAUCGUGGCAGGCGUGGGCUCGCUCGUUGGUGCACUAAUUGGUCGUCGCAUUACGCCAACGGGGCUACCUCAAACUGUCGCUGCCUUGCAUUCAGUUGUUGGAUUGGCGGCCGUGCUCACAAGCAUUGGUAGUGUGAUGGCGGAUGUUUCACACAUCUCAACCUUACACAUGGUGACAGCAUAUCUUGGUGUUCUUAUCGCAGGUGGUGUCACCUUCACGGGCUCGAUCGUCGCUUUCCUAAAACUUGCCGGCCGCAUGUCCUCACGACCCACAAUACUUCCAGGCCGACAUUUGAUCAAUGCAAGUCUGCUUGGGACUAAUGUGGCCACCAUGGGGGCCUUCGUGACGAUGGCACCCGCAUCACCAAUCAUUGCUGCGGCAUGUUUGGGUGCGAAUACUGUACUCAGUUUCCUGAAGGGCUAUACCACGACUGCUGCUAUCGGAGGAGCUGACAUGCCUGUUGUCAUCACCGUACUCAAUGCAUACUCGGGUUUCGCCUUGGUAGCUGAGGGGUUCAUGCUCAACAAUCCGCUUCUCACAAGCGUGGGCUCCUUGAUCGGAGUCAGCGGCUCCAUUUUGUCAUACAUCAUGUGCGUUGCGAUGAACCGAUCUCUAACAAACGUGUUGUUCGGCGGUAUCGCUGUUCCGCAGCAAGCAAAGAAAAUCGAAGGCCAAGUAACUCAGGUCACCGUGGACGAUACUGCCGAGGCACUCUCAAAUGCGGAAAGCGUUAUUAUCGUUGUCGGGUACGGCAUGGCGGUGGCAAAGGCGCAGUAUGCCCUCGCGGAAAUUGUUAACAUGCUACGCUCCAAGGGCGUCAAAGUGCGCUUUGCCAUUCAUCCCGUCGCAGGGAGAAUGCCCGGACAGUGCAACGUGCUCCUUGCAGAGGCCUCUGUACCUUAUGAUAUUGUGCUCGAGAUGGAUGAGAUCAAUGACGACUUCCCCGAUACGGACUUGACUCUGGUCAUUGGCGCAAAUGAUACCGUCAACCCGAUUGCUCUAGAACCUGACUCGCCCAUCUCGGGGAUGCCCGUGCUGCAUGCAUGGAAGAGCAAAGAGGUCAUUGUGAUGAAGCGUGGCAUGUCUAGCGGAUACGCUGACGUACCAAACCCGAUGUUCUAUAUGCCUGGGACCAAGAUGCUGUUUGGAGAUGCGAAGAUUUCUUGUGAUGCUAUCAAGAACGCCAUAGAAGCGCGCAAAUAG